CUGCACAUGAGGAUUACGUGAAGUCGAACACCAAACAACACUAUGCCGUUUGAGGACUUCAGUAACAUUAGAACUGUUCCGUUGCAGGUCGUGUUCCUGGUCCACUUCACACUGUCCACAUGGGUAAUGCUAUUAGGAUGGGUUCCAAAUGCAUACGUGUACUACAAUGCUUUCUUCCUUGCUGUAUUACUGUGGGCCAUGGUAAAACGUGACUCACCGGAUCCUGUAUGGCUGGCACUUGUCAUCAAUGUCUUUGCUAUUGUCACUGACAUAAUCAUCCUGGCAACGGCAUUCCCCGAAAUGAAAGCUGUUCUUGACGAAAAUGGAGCCAGGAUAAGAGGGAAGCUCUCCCUGCUUCGAUUUUGCGCUGUUAUAUGCUGCUUCAACCUGCUCAUGCGGCCCUUGAGUUGCCUUCUGCUUGGCCGAGCUGUGCAGGAGAGGGGAGGAGAUUACGGCAUCAUCGGGCCAUUCGGAGGAGAGGCCGGCCCAACUUACGACAAGGUAGAGGAACCCACGCUCCCGCCUGUGCAUCAAAACACAUAUCAGGUUCCGUAAGAGAUGUCGGGGGUCGUGUAGGGAUUGAAGAUUCCUUGGAAGUAGUGAUUCUACAGGAAAUUUAGCGAGCGGGUGGGGAGGCUCUAACGGGAGUUGAGGGCACAUAUAGGGAAUGUGUAUGUUGGGGAAGGGGCACCGGUAUACAAAGAAUCACUAUAUGACUGAGCUUUAUGUCAUCACGAUGAACCUGAAUGGAACACAGUCACAUUGACUUAGCAAAGACUGAGCUUUGUGGAAGCUGUGAUGGCCAGACUGUACAUAUUCUUGGUGCGGGUACAUCUGUCUUAUAAGUGCUAAAUACUAGAAAUGCUCAGUGUUGUAUGCGAGCAUUGUGGAAGCGACAUAGUUUACUGUAAAUGUAUCGAGACCAGAUUUUUGUGUUAUCAUCGGUGUUCAAAAUAGCAGACAGUCAGUCACCCUCCCCCUAAGGUGUGGGACCGGUGACUUUUGAGCAGGACUGGCCAAUUUGUUAUGGAUUAUAAUUUAGGUUAUACAGUAGAAAUCAAUAUUCUCGAAAUCAGGGCUGGCAGGAUUGUCAGACUUAUUUACAAGACUUAUCAUAUUUGUGUGUAACAAACGGCUUGUGAAUAGUUGUUUUGUGUGUGUCCCAUGAAACUAUACAGGGUUAUAGUUAGCUAGGUUAUAAUAACGUGCUCUUAUGAUUUCUUGUACAUUUUGAAUGAACAAUUCGCUUUGGUACUGGUAACUUGUUCAGGCACAUUUGAUAUUGCAAUCAGUAAUAAACAAGAGCGUUGGAUGAGAGUGACCGUUGUAAACAAUUUUUUGAAAGUAAAUAUAUUGUCAACAUUGUA